CCCGGGGAUUUCAUCCUCAUCCGCUACAACGUCGCCGGGCGCCGGCUGUGGCACGAGAGGCUCGUCCCGUGCCUCGCGUCGGCGCCCCCGUGGGGCGUGGGGAUCCUCACGCCCGAUGGGGGCGCGUACGUGGAGAUCGUGAUCGGUGGCGCCGACAGCGCAGAGUGCCUCGUGUGUGACAGGGGCGCGGCCGGUGGCGGAGCAGCUGCCCUCGGAGGCGAUGCCACCUACCGCUUCAACGCGACCCCGCUCGGCCCGGUGGUCGCGCAGGGGGCGCAGGACACCGCCGCGAUGCUCGGGCUCGGGGUGCAGCCGGCGGUCGUGCCCAACACCGUCGGGCGGGCGAUCGUGCCGGUGGCCGCUGACGCCGCAGGAGGAGCCGCGGCCGCGGCCGGCGGCGCGGGCGCCGCAGGAGGUGUGGCCGGGCUGGCUGCGGCCCUCGCUGGCGGCGGCAUUGGCGCCGCCGCGGCCCCCGGCGGUGGGGCCCUGGUGGCCGCGCCGGCCGCCCUCGUGGGCCCGCCUGCCGGCGGCGCGCCGGUGGGCGCCGCCCCACAGCCUGGCGCCCCGGCGGCGGCAGCACCCGCGGCGCCGCCAGUCGCCGCGCAUGUGGCCCCGGCGGCUGCAGCGCCUGCAGGCGCGCCUUUCAUGGGCGCAGCCGCGGAGGCUCCCGGCGGCGACCUCAGGAUCAUGGCGGUGCAGACCGACAUUCGUGGGCAGCGUCAUCGGCCCUUCUCAGAGGCUGCGCGUCUGCUGGUGGAGCCUGGCGUUGGCAACCACGAGAUGAUGUGCCGUUUGCUUGAGAUCGGGCUCUGCUACGACCAGCUUCACGGCUCGAACCUGGCCUCGAUGGAGCUGGUCGCGCGGUCUAUCCAGACUGAGAACGAGCGCUACAGGCAUCGUUUCGAGAGCUCGGAGGAUGCUGACCUGAACCACAACCUGAUGAUCGGGAUGACCCGCGGGCGUGGGCACGUGUGUGCGUGCCCGGCCUUGCGGGACCACGUCUCCGCCCAGCUGCAGAAGGAGGCGUCUAUCGCCAAGGAGAGGAGGAAGGCUCGUGAGGAGCGGGCCCUCGCCGGCGGCGGCGCUGCUGGGUCUGGAGCUGGAGGAGGCGGCCGCGGCAAGAAGAAGAAGAAGGGAGGCAAAGGCGGCGGCCGUGGCGAUGCGGCCGCCGCGGGGGCAGGGAGACAGCGUGACCUGUUCCCGAUGCCACUUGUGGGCGGUGGCAGCGAGUACGGCAAGCCCACGCUCAGUCGCCGCCCGCUACUCAACGAGAGCCAGCGGACAGCCAUCCAGAACAUGAACACCGCUCUACAUCGGCUUGGUCGUCAGCACGAGCAGUAUGCGGAGGCGCGUGAGUGCGAGGACGGAGCCCUCUCGGAGCUCCUCCAGGGCGUCGCCAUCUAUGGAGACGGCGCCUGCAACCCGUCAGUUCCGUACCGCCGAGAGCAGAUCUCAUGGCCAUCUUCGAGCACGCCACCAGUGGAGCUGUCCACCAUCCUGGGGCCCUCGGAGGCGGCGCGCCUGCGGGACUGGCGGAGCCAAAUGCUGAGACCACCGAGGGAGGCAGAAGAGCUCAUGGCCACGGCGUGCCCGAGGGGGGCGUACUGCGACCAGGGGCUAGUCGGCGACCCGCGGACCUAUGCUGAGUUCUUGGGCAAGCUCUACGGCAAGGGGAUGGUUCACUUCUCCGCCGCCGUGGACGCCAAGGGAACUGUCGGCGCGUUCUUCGUCCCGAAGAAGAGCGGGGCGCAACGCGUCAUCUUUGACACGCGUAUCGCAAAUUGUUUUUUGAAGGCGCCUCCGAAGACCAGAUUGCCGACCGCUGCUGCCUGGAGCGCAGUGGAGGCCCCCGCGUCGGGGGUUUUCGUGGCGACGGCGGACUUGGAGUGCGCGUUCUACCACAUGAAGCUGCCCAGCGGCAUGGAAGAGUACUUCUCGCUGCCCGCCAUCGACUCCACCUUCUUGCUGGAGGCCGGGCUCGACGACUUGCCUUUCGGGCCGGAUGUGGCCGCAGCCUGCCUGCUGCGGAGCGGCGUCGACCCGUCCAGCAUCGUCGUGGACGGUCAGGUCGGCAUCGCCCUCGGGCCGUCGCGUCUGGUCGCAGCUGGCGCGUACGUCGACAACGUGGUCACCAUCGGCACCAGCGCAGAGGUGGCAAACUCGUUGAUGCAUUCCCUCGUGCGGCGCUUUGAGGACGCCGGGCACGUGGUUCACGAGAUUGUCGAGGCGUCGGCCGACGCCCAGUUCUUGGGGCUGCAGCUGCACGCCGGGAAGGCGCUCACCGUGAAGGCCAAGAACGUCUGGCGGCUGCGGGCCGCGCUUGGUAGCCUCUUGCGGCGGAAGUGGGUCACUGGCUACGCGCUGCGGGCCGUCCUUGGGCACAUCACCUGGAUGAGCAUGCUGCGGCGCGAGGCCCUGACGACCCUGCACGCCUGCUACGCGUUCGUCGAGGUGUUCGAGGGCCGCCCUGGCCGCCUGUGGGACUCGGCGGCGCGGGAGCUGAUCGCGGUUCGCAACCUGUUGCCGAUCCUGCAGGCGGACCUGACCGCCGGCUGGUACAACACUAUCGCCUGCAGCGAUACCGCGCCAGGAGGGCUCGGUGUUGCGCGCCAGCGGCUGGAGGCCACGGUCGUCGCCAGCUGCGCCCGGUUUUCAGAGCGCUGGCGGUUCAAAGUCGCCAGGGCGCAGGCAGCUCGCGAGCGGUCCCUUGCUUGCGGAUCUGCGUCGGAAAAGAUGGCUGCCACCAAAAACGGAUAUCGUGCUGCUGACGCUGACCCUGAUGCCGCCGAGACCCCGCUCAAGCACGUGGAGCCCUUCCCGAACUAUAUUGUGGCGCCCCUCGCGGACCCCAUUCUGGACUCUGGCAGGGCGCUCGCCGAGGCGCCCGAGGAGGUCUCGGAGGGCCCGGAGGGCUUCGCGGUGAGGUUCGAGGAGGUCCCAGCAGACAUCACCGACUCGCCAGCAUGGCGGCCAUCCGCGGCCGUCCAGGUCUCAGGCGGGGCCAACAUCCUGUUCUUGGAGGGUGAAGGUGGGUCGCCUCCGAACGGAACGCAUCGGACCCAGUCAGCCGCGGGCGGUAUGGCCGGUUCAGCGGGCGGCGCGUGCUGCGCGGGCCCGCGGGUGGCGCUCCUUCUGGCCGUCGCGGUGGUCGCCACUGUGGGCCCCGUGGGCGCCGACGCGGCUCGGAAGUCACGCGUGCCAAGCGCGGGGGCCGCCGUUGCGCAGCGGCAGAAGCUGGCUCAGCAGGCGCGGAGCUCGCGGCCGCUGCUGGCGGGGCUGACGCUUCUGGAGACGCUGGCCAUCCGCGCGAACACCGAGCGGAGCUACCUGCAGAUGCUGAACAACUUCGCGCAGUGGUGCCAGCAGCACCGCCAGGACUGGAGGACGUACGAGGAGCUCGACCUGGUGCUGUCGAGCUACUUCUCGGACCACUACUUGCUGGGGACGGCGUGCAACAUCGGGAGCCAGACGCUGGCGGCCAUCGCGCGCGUCACGCCCUCGCUGUUCAAGCAGACGGUAUCCGUGCUCCCCCGGGCCUCGAGGGCCUCGGCCGCCUGGAAGCGCCGCGCGCCGGGCAAGACCCGGCUGCCGCUGCCGCGCCCUGCCGUCUAUGCGAUCGCGGGCUGGCUGAUCAGCCACGGGCAGCUUGGGGUGGCGUGCUGGGUGGUCCUGGCCGUCGCAGCCUACCUGCGGCCGGCCGAGGCGCAGGGCCUGACGCGCGAGAGCCUGGUGCCGCCGGCCCCGGCGGCCGGCGCGGGGUACUCGUGCUGGGCACUGCUGAUGCAUCCGCUGGAGCGCGGAGUGGCGGGGAAGACCGGGCACUACGACGACAGCGUGCUGAUCGACCAGGCCCCUCUGUGGCCGGUGCUGGCGGCGAUGCGGCUGGCGACGCCGCCCGGGGCCAGCCUGUGGAGCUUCUCGCUGGACGAACUCACUGCGCAGUUCAGCAGUGCGUGCCAGGCUCUGAAGCUGUCGUCGCUGCAUGAGGUGCAGCGUCGAGGCAGGUGGGCAGUGGCGUCGUCGAUGCGGCGCUACGGCAAGGAGGGCUCCCUGCUGGACGAGAUGGCGCGGGUGAACGCGGAUGUCUUCGCCUUCGGG